AUGUUAUUUUAUAUUGGAACUUAUUGGUCUUUAUUUAUUAUUUUUUUAAAUAAUUUAUAUAUUACUACAAAUGGAUUGAAUGAAGUUAGUAGGAUAAAAUAUUUUGACAAUGAAAAAGGAUAUAACUAUCCAUAUUUAAAAAUUUCUAAAAAAUACAAAAAUCAAAGUUCAAGAAGAAAAGUUAUUGUUGAAAGAUUACGAUUACUUAGAAGACAUUUAUUAUCACAAAAUAGAUUUCCAUUGAAAAAAAAAUCUAUUAUACAACAAAAUAAUUUAGUUCCAGAAACUAAUUUUGAUGUUGAAAAAUUUAAAAGAGUUUUUGUUAUAAAACAUAAUUUAAUAAGAAUAAAACAUCAUGUACAAUCAUUAGGAAUUUCUAAAGAAUUAGAAAAUGAGGCACAAAGGUAUGCAGACAAAUUGGCAUCAAUAAAUAAUGGUCUAAGGCAUGAUCGCAAUAAUAUUCAUCAUGGAGAAAAUUUGUAUUAUGGAACUUUUAGAGAAUUACCAAAGGAAGAAGAUUUAUCUGAAUCUAUUUUGGAUAAAUUUUAUACAGAAAUUAAGUAUUAUAAUUACAAAUCAUUUAAUCCACAGGAUCAUCAUAAAUAUGGACAUUUUACACAAAUGAUAUGGAAAUCAACAACUGAAAUUGGUGUUGGAGUUGAAUUUGCAAAAAAGUAUAUUCAUAAAGGAUUAACAAAAACACGUAUAUAUGUUGUUGUUAGAUACAAUCCUGAAGGAAACAUUUUGUCAGAAAAAGAAUUUAGAAAAAAUGUUUUAUAA